CGGGGGGGAGCACGCCUGCGCGCUGGGCGGCCUUUGCCUAAGCUCACGUGGCCAGCGGGCCGGACUGCGGGUCUUUGCUUGCGGCCGCGGCGCGAGAGCGGAGUACGAGCUGUGGCGGUCGCAGUCAUGGCAGGACAGGCGUUUAGAAAGUUUCUUCCCCUCUUUGACCGAGUAUUAGUUGAAAGGAGUGCUGCGGAAACUGUCACCAAAGGGGGCAUUAUGCUUCCAGAAAAAUCUCAAGGAAAAGUAUUACAGGCAACGGUAGUAGCUGUUGGAUCGGGCUCUAAAGGAAAGGAUUUCUAUAAUUGGCCUGAUGAAUCCUUUGAUGAAAUGGACAGUACACUAGCUGUUCAGCAGUAUAUUCAACAGAACAUAAGAGCAGAUUGUUCCAAUAUUGACAAAAUUCUUGAACCACCUGAAGGCCAAGAUGAAGGUGUAUGGAAGUAUGAACAUUUAAGGCAAUUCUGUCUUGAGCUCAAUGGACUUGCUGUCAAACUUCAGAGCGAAUGCCAUCCAGAUACAUGUACUCAGAUGACAGCAACUGAACAAUGGAUUUUUCUUUGUGCAGCUCAUAAAACUCCAAAAGAGUGUCCUGCUAUAGACUAUACUAGACACACACUUGAUGGUGCUGCAUGUCUUCUGAAUAGCAAUAAGUAUUUUCCCAGCAGGGUUAGCAUAAAGGAAUCAUCUGUAGCAAAACUAGGAUCAGUAUGCCGUAGGAUUUACAGAAUAUUUUCACAUGCUUAUUUUCAUCAUCGGCAGAUAUUUGAUGAAUAUGAAAAUGAAACAUUUUUGUGUCAUCGGUUUACUAAAUUUGUGAUGAAAUAUAAUUUGAUGUCCAAGGAUAACCUGAUUGUACCAAUUUUAGAAGAGGAAGUUCAGAAUUCAGUUUCUGGGGAAAGUGAAGCAUGAAGGGAAUCAUAUAGAAAAAAAUGUACUGAUCACAUAAUUAACAGUAAUUAUGUACUGUAUAUAUAUCAUUUUAGACACAUCAAUCAUGUAUCCAUAUUAUAGCCUCUUUGUUUAGUAUAGGUUUUUGUAUGCUGAGUGUUGCCUUUUAAAAUGGGAAAUACUUUUUAAGUUAUUCAUGAGCUGUAUAUUCACCAGUGUGGCACUCAUGGUUUUUAAAUAAGAUUAGUAUUAUCUGUUUAUAAUGCCUGUUAAUAAAAGAAUUUACAGUUUGGUAAAAUUGCUGCUAAACAAUCAUUGGAUCACAAUCCUCAUCAAAUAAACCCAUCUAUAAAAAGAUGAGUGAGCUUGAGGUUUCGAACAAGCCAUUUACUAAA